AUGGCAACCUCAACAUUCACCCUCCCCCACCACCCAACCCUCCCCACAACCCCCUCCCCCCCUCCCACCAUCACAGCCACAGCGCUGCUGAACGCACCCUCGCACGACAUGGCAAUGCUGCACGACAUCCACACGCUCCUCAACAAGAUCUUCACGCGAAACCGAAACCAGCACCAACGCUGCACGUGGUGGAAAUCCCUGCACGGCUUCCGGCGGCAGAUUGGGCUUCUGCUGCAGGAGCUGGAGAAGGGGCUGGUCAAGGAGCGGGAGGGCAAGGUGGAAGCCAGCACGUUCAGCCAGCUCGUUGCUGUCGGCCCUUUCGCUAUGCUGGGGCUCGUCAUGAUGGCGAGUGUUGCGCGCGUGUGCCGGAUUACCGGCAUUACGGCUGUGUACGAAGAGAUCGCUUCGGGCGACGUUCAAGGCGUUUUGAGCGCGAGCGAUGAAUUGGCUUUGGCGGGGGAGUUUAGUAUGGUGUUGGAUGAGGGGGAGGAGUGGGAUGAGGGGGUUGUUGUCGCUCGGGAUGAGGAGGAGGAUGACGAGUAG